AUGGCUGUGUCAGGAAAGAAAGAUAAUCUUUCUAAUAUGUACCGUGUCAAUGUCGGUGGUCGGCAGUUUGAGAUCAGUCGGCAUGUCAUGGAAUCGGUCGACGGUUCACGACUUCAGCGCCUCGUAUAUGAAUCUGAAGAUACACCGAUCAACAUGGAUUUCUUUUUCGAACGGCCAGGGGGACCUUUCGAGGCGAUAUUAGCCUACCACCAAACUGGAAGACUACAUAUUCCCGGAGAUAUGUGCCCAGCAGCUUUUAAACAGGAACUUGAAUUCUGGGACAUUAGUCCCGAUGACUUGGAGACUUGUUGUUAUCAUCGUUAUUUGACAUUUUCGCGAGAGCAGGCUGUAAUGGCGGGAUUCAUGGUUCAGACGGACGAGAUUUCUAAUGAAGAGAGCUGUGAUAAAACGUCACCAUACUGGACUAGGAUCAGAUCACGUAUGAGGUCGGUUCUAGACAACAAGGAUGACUCUCUAGUUACACAGGCUUAUUUCGUCUUAUCUGUCGCCGUUAUCCUCCUGUCCGUAUUAGCUACAGCUCUCGGAACACUCCCAGGGACACCGUAUACAGAUACGUCAUUAGAUGACGUCAUGACUACCACAACAAAAUCAAUGAUGCCUCCUACUGAUACACCACCAAUGCCUGAUUUACCUGCAAAAAGAGUUUCAAUUGAUGCAGGAAAUAUCUCGAUUUCUGAAUGGGAGCAAUUGAAAGAAAAACAUUCUUCGGAUAAAGAAUGGCAUGUAUGGAAUGACACAUUUAAUAUAUUUACCAAUUCUUCGAGAAAAGGGUCUGUACGUCAAAUGUUUGCCGGAGCGUUCGAUGAUAUUAUACCAGAAACUGCCAAAAGCAAGCUAUUGACGUUGUCAACAGCAAACAACACCGAACAACUUGUAUAUAUUUACAUGGAGUACGCCUCUAAUGCAUUCUUCACUGUGGAAUUGUUCUUAAGACUCCUCAGUUUCCCUUGUACUCUGCGAAAUGCCUUUUGCUUCCAACAUAUCAUAGAAAUGAUCGUGCUAUCUGCAGUAUACAUACGGGGUCUGUUGUCCUUUAUUCUAACUGAAGAUUACCAUAGUGAUAUCGACGUCCUUCUCUACCUCCAAAUGUUGAGAGUUCUUCGCCUUCUCCGUCUUCUUGAGAACGUGACUGCUUAUCGAGUCCUAUGCUACACACUGAGGGUGGGGAAAAGGGACAUGUUUAUAAUGUUUCUCUAUGUGCUUAUUGGUGUUCUCUUUUUCUCAAAUGUGAUGUAUGUCGUUGAGAAGAGGGACGAUUUUCCUAGUAUUCCAGACACUUGGUGGUGGAGUGUGAUCACCAUGACAACUGUUGGUUACGGUGACAUGAUUCCUAAAACAGCUUUCGGUAAAAUCAUUGGCACCAUAUGUGCUCUUUCUGGAGUGUUCAUGUUUUCCCUUAUCAUACCUAUUUUUGUUAACACAUUUCUCUCAUUAUACCAGUUUGCAGACGUGCGUCGUAACAAUAAUGCUGGUGAGAACAAGCAUUUAGUAGGUCAGAAGCUAGAUUCAGAUGAAGAGGUCUUAAGAAACGCCGAUUGCGUCAAAAGACAAUGUGUAUAAGGGAAAAAAGCCGUUAAAGUCUAAAGCAUGACUUACAUUUGGUUACUGUUUACUAUGUAAAACGUCGGUACCUAUGAUUUUAGUGUAAACUUUAAUCUCAAUUUAAUUCCUACUCGUGUAUAUCAAGUCAAUUUCUGUUUUCUUAGCUUUAUGUCAUUGAAACCUGUGUAUAACAUUGUAUUUUUUCAUCUUCUACCCCGCAGAUUUUUUUUUUUUUGCAGUUAUGUCCCUUUUUUGAAUAUUUUUUAGAAAUCUUAUUCGAAAUACUCUCAUGUCCUCUUUAUCACUACCAAUUCAUAUCCACAUUUUCUCAUAUUAUAAAUAUAUAUAUAUUAAUAAUAAAUUUUGUCCACAUAACUUACAUUUUCUCUAUUUUGAAGAUUGGUUAUCAUGGCAUUACCUAUACAAGUUGUACUCACGCGGAUUUUGUUAUAUUUCCGUUAUUAGUUCGAUUUUCUUUUUUUGAUUAAUUCCUUUUGCAAUUUUUAUCCAUUUCCUUAUUUAUUUGUGAUUUGUGCCCAUAUUAUGUAUUGCUAUGCAAACGCCCCGUGGUGUGGUCUGCUGCAGUUGGUAAUGAUAGUGUACCAAGUCAUUGGAAUCAGAAGUAUAAAUCUUAUUUCGCCUCAGUAGCGUUCUUAUAAUACACCCAUUUUCUUGUUAUUUAAUGCUGAACUUAAUUACAUAUAUGUAUAUCAAUAUGCGUGUUGAUUUUAAUUUUCCAAGCUAUUCUAACAUCCCUACUUCACCUACCUAUGGCGUUCACAUGUCCUAGUUGAUUCGAUAGGGUUUGUUUCCAAUAUCACGAUUUCCUUGACAGAUGUCGGCUACUGGCGGAAAAAAAUAACAACACAAGAUUUCGAUUGAAGUAGGUUGAUGGAGUCCAUGAGGAAGUGUUUUUGCAUCACCAUGGAUAUCAUGAUCUCAUUUGGAAAUAGUCUAUUUCCCCAUGGGAAUACAGCAUUGAUAUCAAUAUAUUUCUAUAAAGAGGUAUGAAAAAAAGCUCAACCAAUCAGAAAGCUGCAUUACAAACAAUGGAAAAUUAAUUAUCACGAAUAUUAUUUAAAUAUUUUUUUCUUUUAUUGUUUUUUCGGCCAUGUACCUAUGGUCUCCAAUGUAUCAACACUUUAUACACUUAGCUUCAGUGACAGGUCGUUAAACAUUUCUAUGACGGAAUUUAGUUUUUGAUUCUACUGUAUUGAAUUCAUCUCAAUAUGUAUUGAAACUUGUCUUUGUAUAAUCAUUUACGCUCUAGUAUGUGUUUAUACCAAUACAAUUUAUACUGAAUAGUGUUAAUACCUUGUGUGUUUUCUGCACAACCGUUCUAACGCUGCAGCAUAUGAUUUUUGUAAAGCAUUACUGUAAGAAACAAUGAUUAAGAAAGUUAAUUGAUAAAAAACACACCCACACAAAAAAGGACGAUGAUCUCGAAAUAAAAAUCAGCACAAAAGGAUACUAUAACCAAGGAAACACUAUGACAUCCGCCCC